AUGCAGCUCCUCUGGUUUCUGCUAGCUCUCUGUGCUAUGGAUAAGGAGGCUACCGAUAAGCUCGUGCAUGAUCCACAGUUGGGUGUAUUUUGCGUUGGAAGAGGACUGAAUCCAUAUUCUGGAUACGGACCUUAUGGAUAUAGACGAUACGGAUAUGGACCCUACGGCUACUAUGGAAAUGGUCCCUACUCUGGAUACGGACCAUAUGGAUAUAGACGAUAUGGAUAUGGACCCUAUGGCUACUACGGAUAA